AUGCCAGCUCCAUUUGAACAAGGUUCGGAAAAAAAAGGUGCUACUUUAUUCAAAACCAGAUGCUUACAAUGUCACACAGUUGAAAAAGGUGGUGCUAACAAAGUUGGUCCAAACUUGCACGGUGUUUUCGGUAGAAAAUCAGGUCAAGCUGCAGGUUACUCAUACACUGAAGCCAACAAGAAAAAAGGUGUUGUAUGGGAUGAACAGCACAUGUCUGACUAUUUGGAAAACCCAAAGAAGUAUAUACCAGGUACCAAGAUGGCUUUUGGUGGUUUGAAAAAGCCAAAGGACAGAAACGAUUUGAUCACUUAUUUGGUAAAGGCUACUUCUGAGUAG